GAUUGUCCACCGUACCAACCGCGAAAAUGCAAGCCGCCAUUUUAUACACAAUUUCUUUCGCGUCUGCACUGGGCUUCCUCCUAGCAUGGCGCCUCUCGCAACUACUAACAACUUAUGCCCGGAGGCGAUUCUUUUCGCUUCUCUCAAAGUGGGCAGUCUAUACCCUUGUGUGGCCGAGACUGCGAGGCAGCUCAGAUAUAAGUAUAGCUGCAGCGGCUACCGUGGUGUUCCUUGUAACAGGCAACGUGGUCGGGUCAACGCUCGCCAUCCAAGGACGAGCAGCACUUUCACUGCGAUUAGCCAGGCUGUGCGCCAUCAAUUCAGUGCCUCUUUUUCUUGGUGGGCGAACUAAUUACAUUCUCGAUAAACUCUUUCGAUUUUCCGCCAAACAUAGCUAUCUCCUACAUCGCUGGGUUGGUAGAAUUUCAAUUGUCCAAGGGAUUAUACAUGCCGUCUUGAGCAUGGUACAAUCCCAAUUUGAUCUCGGAAAGAUCGAGCUUGCACUGCUUGUUGUGUCGAGCGUAAUUAUCGUGUUCUCGUUACUAUUCAUACGCCGACGGGUUUACGAAAUAUUCCUGGGGACCCAUUCGCUUGCUUCGAUGGCCUUGCUAGUGCUUUUGUGGCUACAUACCGACAAGCGCAAUAUCCUAAUACUAUGCUGCCUGUCCAUUGGGUCCGGUUUGAAUUUUAUGCAGAAAAUAAUCUGGCUGUCCUGCUUGAUCUACCAGAAUAUGGGUGCUGGUCCACCUUGUGAGGCCUCAGUACUCCAAUUAGACAACCAAAUCUUGCAAGUGAUUAUAAAGCUAAAGCGUCCUAUCACGGUAGAGUCUGGCCAAUAUAUCUACCUAUCAAUACCUGGCUUGAGAAGCCUUGGCAUGAGUAUUUUCGAGUGGCAUCCAUACAUGGUCGCAUGGUCGAAUGUGGAUGACGCCGCCGAUAACAGUCGCUCUAUGACUAUCGUUUUAUUCAUCCAACCUCGUCGUGGGCUUACAAAAGAACUAGGUAACAUGCACCAAGAGCAUGGUUCAAAGUCUAGGUGGAUGAAGGCUAUUGUUGAUGGGCCCUAUGGCAGUAGCGAUCUUUGCUCCUUAGGAGACUACGACAAGGUACUUUUUAUGGCGGAUGGGAUUGGGAUCGCUGCACACCUACUUUCGAUACGUAGCCUGCUACUUGCACACAACGAUAGAACAGCCCGAGUACGACGCAUAUCGUUAGUGUGGCUGGUUGAGUCCAAAGACCAGACUAGAUGGGCUCUUGAGUUCUUGCACCGGUUGCAUGAUACGGACACAUUGCAAAUCCUUAACAUAUAUCUUCUUCUACCAGAUGAAAAUGAAGGAGCUUCCGUUGGGCAGCAAGUCCAAUUUAACACAGGCAAAGACCGUAUAUAUACCGACACGUCUAAGCUGGACGUAGAAUUCUGGAUUAGGGAGGAAUGGAAAGCUGAAGCAGGUAAUAUGCUAGUUACAAUGUGCGGUAGUCCUCAGUUUGAGGUCCUUAUCAGAAAGGCGGUAUGUUUGAGUGGCUACGAUAUCGCACUCCGUGCCAAUGAAUUCCAGCCAGACCUGGGAUAUUCAACGUUGUCAUAG